GCUGGGUGCCGCGUGGCGGGCGCGGUGCUGUGAAUUGGGGGAGACCCGCGGGGUAACUUGCUGCGGCUGUUCCCAGAGCCGGUGCCAGCUGUGACGGCAGUGGGCCCAGGCCUCCAGACAGCAUGAGCGUGGGCUUCAUCGGGGCUGGCCAGUUGGCCUUUGCCCUGGCCAAGGGCUUCACAGCAGCAGGCGUCCUGGCCGCCCACAAGAUCAUGGCCAGCUCCCCAGACAUGGACCUGGCCACCGUCUCUGCUCUCAGGAAGAUGGGGGUGAACCUGACACCCCACAACAAGGAGACCGUGCAGCACAGCGACGUGCUCUUCCUGGCUGUGAAGCCCCACAUCAUCCCCUUCAUCCUGGAUGAGAUUGCCCCGGACAUCGAGGCCCGGCACAUCGUGGUGUCCUGCGCAGCCGGCGUCACCAUCAGCUCCAUCGAGAAGCGAGAACUCAGGGAACCGCAGCUCAGGGCGAGCGCAGGGCCGGGAUGGGCACGCCGCCGGUUUCUCCUCCAGAAGCUGACAGCGUUCCAGCCGGCGCCCAAGGUCAUCCGCUGCAUGACCAACACGCCGGUCGUGGUGCGGCAAGGAGCCACCGUGUACGCCACGGGCACCCACGCCCAGGUGGAGGACGGCAGGCUCCUGGAGCAGCUCAUGGGCAGCGUGGGCUUCUGCACGGAGGUGGAGGAGGACCUGAUUGACGCGGUCACGGGACUCAGCGGCAGCGGCCCGGCUUACGCCUUCACAGCCCUGGAUGCGCUGGCUGACGGCGGCGUGAAGAUGGGGCUUCCGAGACGCCUGGCCGUCCGCCUCGGGGCCCAGGCUCUGCUGGGGGCUGCCAAGAUGCUCCUGGACUCCGAGCAGCACCCCGGCCAGCUCAAGGACAACGUCUGCUCUCCAGGCGGGGCCACCAUCCACGCCCUGCAUGUGCUGGAGAGCGGGGGCUUCCGGUCCUUGCUCAUCAAUGCGGUGGAGGCCUCCUGCAUCCGCACACGCGAGCUGCAGUCCGUGGCUGACCAGGAGGAGGUCUCCCCAGCAGCCAUCAAGAAGACCAUUCUGGACAAGGUGAAGCUGGACUCUCCUGCUGGGGCCUCCGGGGCCCCUCCUGGCCAUUCCAAGCUGCUCCCCCGCAGCCUGGCCCCGGCGGGCAAGAGCGACUGAGGUUCCCAACCUGCCCACCCACUGCUCUCUGCCUUCCCCUCCUGGGUCUGGAGCUCCUGCGCUGAGAACGGCCAGCCCCAAGCCUCACAUGGUGCCUCAGGGGGGCUCCUCUGCCCAGGACUCUGGUCCACUCGGGUCGGGGGGUCAUGGCCAAGGAAGGGACACGUCGCUUCCCAGUGGGAACUUCCACGGCCCCUGGGUGUGUCCUGGCCCCAAACAAGGAAGGAGUCUCUGACCUCAGCCUCCGGCUUCCUCUCCCCUUGUCCGAGUCAGGACCCCCCUCCUCCAGAGCCCAGGAGGCUGGUGGGAGGCUCACUCCCCACUGUCAGCUGGCUCGGGCUUGGGUGCAAAGCUCAGUCAAGGUCCUAGGUACAAAGAUCAAGGUCCCCCCCAACACCCAGCCAAGGAGGGAGUCCAGGCGCACCCCUGCCCUGACUCCACUGUCCACCCGUAACUCCCUUCUCUGCGCGUGGAGGACCAGGGGCUCCCUGGCAUCUUGCAGGAGGGACCACGGCUCUUGGCCAGCUUGACAUUUGAGGAAAGGGCUCCUGAUGUGGCUGAACUGCUGAGGCCCCAACACCCUCGGCCCAUCGUCUCCCAGUCCUGACCUGACCCACGGACACAGUCACUUCUGCCUCUGACUUUUUAGGCUAAAUAAAUUGGUUUCCAGCUGCA